AUGGAUGAAAAAUGCAUCUGUAAUCGGGUCGGAAGCGAAACAAAGGGAAACCAAGUGCCGGGUGGGGCGAUACCACCGGGCGGACGCGGCCGCUCAGACCGAGCUCAGGGUCAGGCCAGCACGACGACCUCGACCACCGAUGGUACCAUGUCGGCGCAGGCCGGUAUGAGCGCAUCGGCCGGCACCGAGACGGCCGGGCUAUCAACCCGCCCAGCCCGCCCUCGCCGCAGGCGCCGAGGCCCGAACAGGCUUUCCCGCCGCCCGCCGCCCGCGAAAGCUAUCCGAUCUGCAAGAAGGGUCAGUAUGACCAGUGCCGUCAGCGCGGCGGCAAGUAAUCGUCCGAUACUGAACGGUUGGGAUAAAGAAGGCGCCGGCUCUCACAGGGAGGGCCGGCGCUUUUCUCGCGACAGGCCGGGGACCUAUUCGUCCACCAGUUUCAGCAGCCGUCGCUCGACGGGGGCGAGACCGGGCCCCGUUCGUGGCCCCGUUUUAAUCAUGCCACCCUCGCCGAUCAGCGCCCACAUGCCCUGUCGAUUGCGGGCGCGCGGGCGUUUUUCGAUGCGAUAUUCAGGCCGCUCCGCCGUACGGCGGCGAGCCGAAAAGAUCGCAACGUCCCGGCAAAUCCAUCGCAUAGUCCCGCCAAUGACCGGCCGCGACCAUUUCGCCCGUACAAGUCCAGAAUGCGCGUCAGUUCGGCCCCGCUCAGACCCGACACAGGCUAGGCGCGCGCGGAAAAGGGCACGAUCCCCAUCAGGCGCGGUCGCGCUUCUCUUCCUGCUCGGCGAGCAGCAUGUCGAAGUUGGCGGCGCAGCGUAUCGAGUUCACAGGCAGCAGCUUUUCGACCUUCUGGGUCUGCGGAUCGAACAGCUCGGAACAGGGCGUUCCAUAGGGGACGAAGCGCUUUUCGGGCGCCGCGCCGCCCUCGACCAUGGUCGGGCGCGCCGGGAUGCCGACCAUCACCGCACCUUCGGGCACAUCGCGGAGGUCACCACGGCAUUGGCGCCGACCCGCGCGCGGUCCGACCGUGAUCGGGCCGAGAACCUACGCGCCAGAUCCGACGAUCGCGCCGUCCAUCAACGUGGGGUGGCGCUUGCCCGCCCGCCAUUGUCCGGGCUGGUGCCCCAGCGUCACGCGCGAUAA